UUGUUUACAUCCGGGUGAUUCCGAGCGCGACUCGGAUACACGUCGGAUAGUUUUGUGCGCAAAUAUAUCAAAAAAGUGUUGUUGCAAAAGCUGUAACUUGCUUGCUGGGGUAAGGUUUUUCAAAGCAGACUAGCAGAAACAAAUCUGCGUCUUUCCCGUUCUAGAGAGUUUAGGCUGAACAACAGGUCACUGCAAUCAUGCCGCCCGGGCCUGUACAAAUCGUUCAACCUGAGCCCAACAAUAAGCAACCCGAAGAGGCUAAGGAAGACACUCCUGCAACAAAACCCAUCGUCGGCAUCAUCUACCCGCCUCCUGAGGUUCGAAACAUCGUUGACAAGACAGCCAGUUUCGUCGCCAGGAAUGGACCGGAGUUCGAAGCCAGGAUCCGCCAGAAUGAGAUAAACAACCCCAAGUUCAACUUCUUGAACCCCAACGACCCUUACCAUGCCUACUACCGCCACAAGGUCAACGAGUUCAAGGAGGGUAAGGCCCAGGAGCCCUCUGCGGCCGUGCCCAAGGUUAUGCAGCAGCAGGCCAUGCAACAGUCCUCCCAGCAGCUGCCACAGAAGGUGCAGGCCCAGGUCAUCCAGGAGACGGUGGUCCCCAAGGAGCCCCCUCCGGAGUUCGAGUUCAUCGCCGACCCGCCGUCCAUCUCUGCCUUCGACCUGGACGUGGUGAAGCUGACGGCUCAGUUUGUGGCCAGGAACGGACGACAGUUCCUCACGCAGCUGAUGCAGAAGGAGCAGAGGAACUACCAGUUUGACUUCCUGCGGCCCCAGCACAGCCUCUUCAACUACUUCACCAAGCUGGUGGAGCAGUACACAAAGGUUUUGAUCCCACCGAAAGGUCUCCUGAUGAAGUUGAAGAAAGAAGCUGAGAACCCACGAGAUGUUCUAGACCAGGUGCGCUACCGCGUGGAGUGGGCAAAGUUUCAGGAGCGGGAGAGGAAGAAGGAGGAGGAGGAGAGGGAGAAGGAGAGAGUGGCUUACGCACAGAUCGACUGGCACGACUUCGUUGUGGUGGAGACGGUGGACUUCCAGCCAGGCGAACAAGGUAACUUCCCCCCGCCCACCACUCCUGAGGAGCUGGGAGCACGCCUGCUGAUCCAGGAGCGCUACGAGAAGUACGGGGAGAGCGAGGAGGUGGAGAUGGAGGUGGAGAGCGAGGAUGAAGAGGAGGAGGGGGAAGAGCGCGAGGAAGGCACCGCGGCCCCCACCGACCAGGACACCCAGCUGCAGGACAUGGACGAGGGUUCAGACGAGGAAGAGGAAGCAAUCAAGGCCCCUCUGCCGCCAGAGAACCCCAUGCCCCCACCGCUGCCCCCCACACCAGACCAGGUCAUCAUCCGCAAGGACUACGACCCCAAGGCCUCCAAGCCUCAGCCGUCGGUGUCUACACCGGACGAGUACCUCAUCUCCCCCAUCACGGGAGAGAAGAUCCAGGCCAGCAAGAUGCAGGAGCACAUGCGCAUCGGCCUGCUGGACCCCCGCUGGCUGGAGCAGCGCGACCGCAGCAUGCGCGAGCGACAGGUGGAGGAUGAGGUGUAUGCGCCUGGCCUGGACAUCGAGAGCAGCCUGAAGCAGCUGGCCGAGCGUCGUACUGAUAUCUUCGGUGUGGAGGAGACGGCCAUCGGAAAGAAGAUCGGAGAGGAGGAGAUCCAGAAACCGGAGGAGAAGGUCACCUGGGACGGCCACUCGGGCAGCAUGGCGCGCACGCAGCAGGCGGCGCAGGCCAACAUCACGCUGCAGGAGCAGAUCGAGGCCAUCCACAAGGCCAAGGGGCUGGUGGGCGAGGACGACACCAAGGAGAAGAUCGGCCCCAGCAAGCCCAGCGACGGGCCCUCCGAUCGGGGACACCAGCCUCCCCUGCCCCUGCCCAUGCAGAGCCCCAUCAUCCCCAACCUGCCCAAGCCCGCGCCGCCCCAGCCCCAGCGCGCCCCGCCCAACAUGCAGCAGCAGGUGCGCACCACUCUGCUGUCGGCGGUCCCGGUGAUGCAGCGGCCCCCCAUGGCCCCCGUGCAGGUGCGUCUGGCCCCCGGCCAGGUCCUGGCACAGAUGCCCCCCAUGGUCCACACCCCGCGCAUCAACGUGGUGCCCAUGCCCCCCUCCGGACCCCAUCUCAUGGCCCCCAGACCACCACCCAUGGUGGUGCCUGCAGUGGCCCACUCUCCUCUCCUGCCACGGCCCCACCCCCCGACGUUUGUGCCGGCUCCGCCCGUGCCCCAGCCCCCACCUGCCACGGCCCCCAUGCCCCCUUCCCACCCGCCCCCUCCUCACGACGACGAGCCCGUCAACAAGAAGAUGAAGACCGAGGACAACCUCAUACCGGAAGAGGAGUACCUCCGCAGGAACAAGGGUCCGGUGACGGUCAAGGUGCAGGUGCCAAACAUGCAGGACAAGACCGAAUGGAAGCUGAGCGGACAGAUCCUCAGCUUCACCAUGCCCCUCACAGACCAGGUGUCCGUCAUCAAGGUUAAGAUCCACGAGGCCACCGGCAUGCCUGCAGGCAAACAGAAGCUGCAGUACGAGGGUAUCUUCAUCAAGGACUCCAACUCUCUGGCCUAUUACAACAUGAGCAACGGCUCCAUCAUCCACCUGGCCCUGAAGGAGAGAGGAGGGAGGAAGAAGUGAGCCGUGCCGUACUCACGGAACAUUCUAGAACCUUGCAACGUUUUCCGGCCGCUUCCCCAAGGUUCCGUUGCCAUGAGGAUUGUAGCUGUGCUGUAGGAGAAAGCCUCAUUUUCUUUGUGUGUUCAUCUCGAUGUAUCUGGUUUUAGGCUUUUUUUCCAUCCCUGAUUUGGAUUUCUUGUCAGCUAUAAUCCUUUUUAACAGAGAUUGUUUGUCAACCAUUUUGAAAGGUGUAAAGCACUACGCUGAAGUCAUUGAUUAUUAUAAAAAUGUGCUGUUUUCUCUUGAUCAUACAUAUUAAAGCUUACACGGACAAGGUUAGAGUAACUUUAUAAUUCAGAAGAUCUAGUUUUUGUCUGCUUGUUUGACACCAAAUAUGAUUUGUAAUUUCAAGAGAAUUCACAAUGAGAAUGUACAGAAGAACAUGUGUUAAUAAAAAAUAAAUCCCAUUCUCAACUCUUCA